AUGGCAGCAGAGAUGAACAUAAGAACAACCAUAACGGCAGAUUCAGUGCAGCGAAUAUUUGGGCCGCCUGCCUCCAUUGACUACAGGUCACAUCCGGGCGAUGAGGAAACCGUGUCGCCCGCCGUUAUUUUUGAGAGUAUGAAGCAGAAGGAAAUUGGGCCUCUGGACGACAUUAGAAAGUUAAAGGGAACCGUCUACAGCUACAAAAACCGAAAAGUUAUCACACAUUGGCUGCGUGAUGUUUGUGCGGCAUUCGACCUGAAGAGCACAACCUUGUGCCUGUCUGUUCAGCUGACAGAUGCUUUCAUCACAAAAUCUUUGGAAAGCCUUGCUCUCGAGAAGUGCCAACUUGCAGCAGUGACAUGCUUGUGGGUUGCAGCGAAAUUUGAAGAGAUGGACGACAGCUUGCCAACACUUCGCAAAAUUGUUGAAGUUUGCGACAACGCCUACACGUCAAAAGAUGUUGUGGACAUGGAGGAGACAAUUCUAGGCUUCUUCAAGUGGCGUCUUCCACACACCACUGUUAUUAAUCAUCUUUACUUGCAGCUGCACUUGCUAAGCAGCAAUGAUCUCAUUAAGUGUAGCAAGCGACAAGAGGAAACAGAAACAAAUUACAUUUCUUUCAAGAUACUUCUGAUGGGUACAGAUCAGUGGACAUGGGGGCCAUUGGAAGCGGCAGCAAACUCCAAGCUCAGUGAUGUUCUCCCCCUUCUGUGCGCAGCGGCACGACUCUGCGUGUCGCACAACAUUGAGGUAUUUCAAGUUUUCGGUGAGAACCUCCUUGUUACUAAACGCACACCGUUGAGCGCCACACUGGGCUCGUUGCCAAUCGAUGAGCAUGGCGAGACACGCUUAUUUUUGUCUAAUGGACAUGUGAACCUUGUCUUUGUCGAUCGUGGCUCUUACAUUAUACUACGCACCAUUAAUCAACGUUUUCUCGACCUCAGUGAGUUGCUCAUUCAGGAAGUCGUCACCCACGUUGAAUUUAUGCAGCUGCGCAGUCAUGUGACGGCUCUGGGUGUUUUGACUCUGACAAUGUGCAUUCUUGCCACAGACCUUGAGGAAUGUAGGGCGGCCAUCUCCUACGUGCAGAGGAAACUAUGCAUAUCGGAAUCCCAGGCGCUUGCAGCUGCUCGCUUGCUGUGUACCAAGUACCAAGAGGCGAUGCCUACAUACCGAGAUGCUGUUGCAUAUAGCGAUGUCCCCCACGACAUUUCUGACCGACUGAAGUUGUGCUUGGCGUGUAAGACCGGGUAG